AUGCAGCCUGCGCUCGGAUUGAUUCUCUGGAAUUUGUCCACAUCCCGAGUCUCAACGGUGGAGCUGCGGCGGUAUCCGCUUACUCACUCACUUCAUAUAAGUAACUAUAAUCCGAUCCAUGAAUCUGGUCGGCCCGCUUAUACGAUUCACAAUCUUCCGAUUGUGCCGAACUCAAGCUUACUCUUAUUCGACCCUAUCACAUCCGUCGUAUUCUCUGGGCUCAUAAAGCAGCUAACAAUGCUUGCCAGCCGUUUAGUGCCUAUUCGAACAGCACAACCAAUCGGGGCGCCACUGGAGGCAGUAGCGGUAGCGCCCCUCUUUUUUGACGAUGAGCAGCUGUUUGAUAAUCCCAUCGACACCCUUCAUUGGCUUGUUAUAGGGUUUGAGAUAUUGUACGCUCCUGAUCUCUUCAAUGAGCGACAUAUAGACUUCACUCCAUACCCCUUUGACCACAGCUGCAGACACGAGGACAGUUAUCAGCUUGAGCAAGGAGGAGGGAGCAACACCUACUGCAAGAGGCAGCCUGAUGACAACAAUGAUAGUAUUUACUGA